UCCUGUCCUCUGGGCUCAAGCCACCGCCCUCCAGGGCCUCAGUAGCUGCCCGCCGCUUCGGGAGCCAGAGGUACUUGGGUCUCAGGGACAAGGCAGAGGGCAGGGGGAUUUCGUUGGGAUCUGGAGCAACCCUGUUCCAGGCCGGAAAGGGAGGUGGGCUUGGCAGGCCUGAGCAUGAGAGGACAGUCCAUAAAUUCCUGUUCGCACAGAAGAUCAGCUGCUCACCCAGUGCACAUGUUCAGGAUGCCUGCAGGCUGCUAGGACCCCCAACCUCCUUGUCAUGGACUGCCCAGGCUGGUCAGUAGCUCUUUAACCUGGAGAGAGUUCAGCAAGGUUGGCUCAAUGGGAUGAUAAUUCCAAGUGUCCUGGGAGGGACUCAGUUCUCAGCUUCCAGUAGCAUCUACCUGACUGGGUCUACUGUGACCUCUUCCCACUCCAAACUGCUGGUUCCCAAUGUCAAAAUAACACAAUUGGCCGGGUGGUAGUGGUGUAUGCUUUUAAUCUCCCCACUCAGGAGGUUGAAGCACAUGGAUCUCUCUGUCAGUUUGAGGCCAGCCUAGUCUCUGGUCUAAAGAGCAAGUUCUGGGACAUCAUCAGGGCUACACAGAGAAAGCCUGUCUCCAAAAACAAACAAACAAAGAACAAACCAGAUGCAACUGUCCUCUGGAGUGGCCAAGGGCCUGGGAGGUGUGACUGCAGCCCAGAGCAUACAGCAGACAAGUCAAUCCUUAUGGGCAUCUCCCGUUCGGAUCUGGAGGAGACCAUGUCCAAGCCCCCCGACUGCCUGCCUCGGAUGCUCAGGGGCACGCCCAGACAGCGGGUCUUCACCCUCUUCAUUAUCAGCUUCAAGUUCACCUUCUUGGUCUCCAUCCUGAUCUAUUGGCACACAGUGGGUGCACCCAAGGACCAAAGACGACAGUACAGCCUGCCAGUGGACUUCCCCUGCCCCCAGCUGGCCUUUCCUAGAGUCUCUGCCCCAGGCAACAUCUUCUUCCUAGAGACCUCCGACAGGACCAACCCCAGCUUUCUGUUUAUGUGUUCUGUGGAAUCAGCUGCCAGGGCACACCCUGAGUCCCAGGUGGUGGUGCUCAUGAAAGGGCUGCCUAGGGACACUACCGCAUGGCCCCGGAACCUUGGCAUCUCUCUCCUGAGCUGCUUUCCCAAUGUCCAGAUACGACCUUUGGACCUGCAAGAACUGUUUGAGGACACGCCACUGGCAGCCUGGUACUUGGAGGCACAGCACAGGUGGGAACCCUACCUGUUGCCGGUGCUGUCUGACGCUUCCAGGAUCGCACUCCUCUGGAAGUUUGGUGGCAUCUACUUGGACACAGACUUCAUCGUCCUCAAGAACUUACGCAACCUGACCAACAUGCUGGGCAUCCAGUCCCGCUACGUCCUCAAUGGCGCCUUCCUAGCCUUCGAGCGUAAGCACGAGUUCCUGGCACUGUGCAUACGUGACUUUGUGGCCCAUUACAAUGGUUGGAUUUGGGGCCACCAGGGCCCCCAACUGCUUACCCGAGUCUUCAAGAAGUGGUGUUCCAUCCACAGCCUGAAGGAGAGCCGAGCUUGCCGCGGGGUCACUGCCCUGCCUCCCGAGGCCUUUUACCCCAUCCCCUGGCAGAACUGGAAGAAAUACUUUGAAGACGUCAGCCCCGAGGAGCUAGCCCAGCUGCUCAAUGCCACCUAUGCUGUUCAUGUGUGGAACAAGAAAAGUCAGGGUACACAUCUAGAGGCCACAUCCAGGGCUCUGCUGGCUCAGCUACAUGCCCGCUACUGCCCUACGACGCACAGAGCCAUGACGAUGUACUUGUGACGGCCCUCCAGGCACAAGUGAUGUCAUAUCAACAUUGUUACCAGAGAGGCAAGAUGAGCAGCCAGGAAAAGAGGGCCCUGAGAUGCUUCUGUUGACCAGAGGAGACCGAGCUGGCCCGGGGAACAUGUGCCACUUCCACACCUGCCCCUCCAGGCCAGAGGGGGACUGGUGGAUACACUUUGUCCAGUGUUCUAGGCUGACCAGUGAUUCCAGAAUCACAGCAUCUGGGACCUUCACGGGCUAGAUCACAAGAAUGCCAAAGAGCUCUAAGGUAGCUGGAAGACAGUUGGUUAGAGGUGGGGUCAUUUGCGGAGCUCUGGAAAACCUGUGUUGAAAUGCUAGUGGGAGAGGAUCUAGCUCCAUCAGACUCCUGAGCCCAAGGAGAGGAGCAGAGCUCUCAGGAAACACCAUCUUCCCUCCCCUGGGACACUGCAUUGAAGCUUUGUCACAGCCCGUUCCAGCGCUCAGGGAUGGGGAAAUUCUUUAGGUUCCUGUUGUAGACACUGGGGGCUGUAAUAAAAGUGACUCAGGAGCA